UGCGUGCUGUCGUGUCGGUUUCAAAUUUUGCUUCGUGUCUCCUUUUUCCAGUUCGCGAAAAUGAGAAUCCAGAAAAGUUGUUUCCUGUGAAAAUUCCCGUAAAACCGUAAAAAAGUUGUGCCGCAACGAGUGAAUUGUAGUUCCUUUUGUAGGGUAGAAUAGUAACUAAACCGGAAGCAUGGCACCCGGAUCAAACAAUCAAAAUAAUAACAAUAACCGGCAGACGGGGACCCGACCGAAGAUCAAAGCCUCGAAGAAAAAUUCCGUUCCUCGAGAGGUGGUCGCCCCGACCAGACGAGAUCUCCAACAGCAGCUCAAUGUUCUCGUGGAUUGGGCAACGGUAUCCGGUGCGGCCGCUGCAGUCGUCAAUAACCAACAGCAAGGUCACACUCAAUCGCACUCAAAUCCGCAGCAAUCGUUAGCUGGUACUGUCGCAGGUGGAGUGGGAGCCGCCAGUAAUAGCAGCAAUCAUCAGCAGCAGAACUUUCUACUGAAGCCGAGAAACAACCGCACACCGGGGGAAGGAACGUGUUACGAAAUUGAUAACCUCGCUCUCCAGGAUAACAGCCGUUACAUCCCGGUGCGGCCGAUCGUUCGCCGCAAUCUACUGAGUGAGAGCAGCGGUGCCGAACAGGGAGAAUCUCACAACACGGCAGUAGGAGUGGUCAUUCCAACCACACCUAGUUCCGGGCUUCAAACGUUCCGUCUGAACGACACCGGUACCAGCAGCGGUACAAGUGGCGCGGCCACGUCUAACAUCAACAACCUGUUGAACAACACCACCGGCAGUCAGAAGCACAUUCUGAAUCCGUUCCAUCCGCAGAGCCAACAACAGCAGCUGCCAUCAUCAGUUUCGAAUCUCCGUGCAUCGCCACUGAGCUCCCGCGUUCCGGACGGUGCUUCGCAGAAUCAACUGAAUCUGAACAAAAACUCGAACCAACAGCAGCAGCAACUACACGGAGGAGCAGUCGGUGGGACCGUAGGCGCAGUAAACCUCUCCAAGGCAAACGUCGAGGAUAAGCUGCAUCAAAUUCAGGAAUACAUCAAACUGACAACAAAUCUGAUCUCGUCGGUGCAGCUCGAUAACAAGAGCAAGAAUAAGAAGGAAUCGCAGGCAGAGAGUGGCAGUAGCAGACAGAACCCCGCUCGGAAAGGCUUCCCGAUGGGUGACGAGAGUUGCUAUUUUGUGCCAAUAAACUCCACUAGUCUGGAGAGCGUACGGCACAGCGAUUCUGAGUUGAACGGCCCUCGACCUCAAUCUGUGCAAAGCAUAAGCACCACUCACUCGGCAACUCCGGUGCAAACUCCUUCGUACGACGAUCUACGAUUCAAGAUGGAAAACCAAAGCAAGAGCAUGCAGGCUUUGAAGGAGCAGCAAGCGCAUCUCCUGCGGUUGCAGCAGGCGGCUCGGCUGCAGUUGCAAGAAAUGGAAGCAAUCCGCAAUCAGACUGCGGCCAGUAUCAUGCCGCUGGAAAGCUUCGAAUCGGUGGAACAAGUUCAGGACGGCAUCAGUGGUAUUAUGGAGCGGAUGCGCGUCCUGGCGACGUUCAUUCAAAACCAACAGGAACUGGGAAACAUGCUCGGUGGUGACAAUGAUGAUGUGCUCAAUGAACAGGUGAUGUUACAGCAGAAGUUCCAAGAGUUACGAGACAAGAAAGCGCAGAUGCACAAUUUGGUGUCGGAGUUGCAGAAUCUCAACGUGGAAGCAAGUCGGCAGUUUGAAGGAGGAGCAUCCAAGCCGAUCGAGCGAAAUAUCCCAAUCGAGCUGACGAAUGCCCCAGCGUCUGCUUCCGAUAUGAGGCAAGCCACAAAAACUUUCAAUCAUAGCAAUGUUGACCAUGGUAUGAUGAAUGGAUCACGCGGAGGUUCGAUAACUCCUAAAGUUGAGAAUGUCACAGGUGUUCGUGAAUCUGAUUUGCAUGAAGAAGACGAAGCAGAAAAUACAGAAGCGAUAAACGGAACUGCGGAAAUGUUGAACGAAAAAAUCAAUGAGAUAAAUGCGAUGAAGUCGCAGCUUAGGAGGCUGAAAGAAAUGAUGGACACUGUGAAGUUGAUUGAGAUGAAAAAUGGGGAGUCGAUAGACGAAGAGGAAGAUGCACCCGAGGAGAAUGACGAAAAUCCGGAUUCGGUUGAAAAUUCUCGGUCGCCAAGCGUGGUGAGCCAGAUAAGUGACCAUGGAGCAACAGCUGCAGGAUCCGCGGAUCCAAGAAGAGAUCAAUUAAAUCAAAGAGUCGAAGCUUUACAUGCAAUGACUCGUGAUCUCCGGGAACAGGCAAAAUCGAUUGCUGCAGAACGCGAUGCUAUGAAGAAUGCUCAAUCCGAAAUUAAUAGGCGCCGGAACAAUGUGUCAGAAUUACAACGCCAAGCGGAAGCACAAACUGCUGAGAAAUUAACCAACCAUGUGGCGUCAUUCGUAUCUUCAAUUCCUCCUGGUCCGAAAGAACGUCAACAGAUGGCCUUGAAGGCUGAACUCGAACAGAAGAAACGUGAACUAGAAAGAAUUGCCAACAUGACUCAGAGCAUUAAGAAAAACACUGAUUUGUCUCGUCAUAACACAGAAGUAGCUCCACCUAAAGUUUCGUCGGUUUCGUCAGCGGAUUCUCUCAGAUCUCAAAGUCAUCCACCGGUGAUACCACCGCCUCCCGCAGCAUCAGCAGUAAACAACACUGCCGGUAGCAACGUUACUAACCACUCGAAGAACUCGGCAGAUUCAGGCGUGACGGACAUCUUCGCCAAUGCACAUCUGGAAUCCGGAAGCUAUCAAUCCAGCAGCACUCGUAGCCUCAACAUGGUUCCUCCGAUGCCAGACAUUUGCAAUCGACCCGAACGUUAUCGCAAAUCGGAGGACGUUGGGACCUCGACUGCUCGCACCGAUCGAACUUCCCCAUGGCCCGCACAUUUGUUUAGCGGAGCUGGUCCCUCCAGUUCGAACACUGGCCCACAGAGUCCCCAUUUUCAUCCCUUCGUCGGGUCGGAUAUUCACGUUAGUUCCGCAUAUCCAACCUACAACACAUAUCCAACGUAUUCAAACUUACUGCCGCCCCAUACCCCGAACUCGGCUCCACCUCCUCCGGAUCCACUGAUGUUCCAGCAUUUCAUGCAGACCCAGCAAAUGCUAAUGAAUUCGAUCACCCAGUGUAAUCAGCUGUUGUGGAUCCAACAGCGUGAGAUCAAUAAUCUCAACAAUGCGGUGCUGUUGCUUCAGGAACGCAUUCUCAACAAUGCAAGCAAUAACAUACUGAUGAAUGAUAAUAGUCACGUUACGGGUGUCGGAUCCCACAUCCGAGCGGAAUCAACACCACCGAACAACUCGCUCAAUUCGGCAACUAGUUUGACCGGAUCUGUUUAUGGUCGCGCCCGCUCUGAACAACCCACCAUGGUCCAACAGCAAGGUCCAGCGUCUCCAUACCAUACGAUCCCCUCAACUAUUCACCAACCCUCUUAUGGCAAUCUCAUUAGCUCGAAUCAAUUCCCUUCCUAUGCCCCAUCAUCCACACAACCACAACCGCCCCAUCACCAGCAAUCGAACCAGCAGUACUCCAUCAAUCAGCAAAUCCAACGCAACAAUACUAACAUCUCAAACUCUAAUGCUACCGCAGCUACGGCAAACAGCAGCAACAGUAGCCACCGUAGCUAUCGCAAUCUCAGACACGUUAACAUUAACACCGCUAACAACGCAAUUUACGAACAGCAGCACCAACUUCACCAGCAGCUGUACGAGCACCAUGGGCCGCUCCACCCGAACAACUACGUCAGUCAGAAUGGAACCGGAAACGACGAUUCUAACUUGCAACCGCAGCAACAGUACAACAAUGCUUCCGCCGGUGGCGCUGGCAGCCUCGGUCCCUCGAACAUGAUCAACAACUUGGCCAACGGUCCAACAACGACGGGUGCCAACAUGGCACCGCAACCGUGCUUAAACAAUUUGAACAACAGUAGCAACUUGAACAGCAACAGUGUCGCUUCGCAGCAGCAGCAAACAACUACCCAGGCGUUGAACAAUCAAGUCCUGCCGGGGGUGCGCGCCAACAACUACUGGGACAAUUUCCGCAGUUACUCGAGGCAAAACCUUCUUUCGAGCAAUAGUUGCAAGAGCAAUGAAGAUUCCUGCACAUUCAACUCGGGCAGCUGCACCAACAACAAUAUCAACAAUCAAAUCCAGCGCAACAACAGCAAUGUGAACAACUUCAACAACAGCAACAACGCAACCACUAGCAGCGCUAGCGGUGGCACCGGAGGAGGAUCUGGAACUGGAACCGGGAACAAAUAUCCUCCCAAUUUCAACCGGAACAAUUCCUUCAGCAACAUCAACCAGCAGUCGAACGCAGCCGAUCUGGGACCGAAUCAGCAACAACCGAGCGUGUCAUCACAUCACCAAUCAUCUUCGCAACAGUACGAAACCAUUUCUCGGUCACAUCAACAGCAACAGCCUCAACCGGAUGGUGGUGCUGCUCAGUUUCAAACGAUAGCAUCACAAUCGCCGUUUCUCCAACAUCCGCAAACUACGCAACAAUCGCAGCAACACCAACAUCACCAGCAACAACAACAAGCCCAGCCACAUCAUCACACCCCCCUAAGCCAGUCGACGUCGUUCGAUCUGGGGGAGUUGCAGUUUCACACCAAUCCGAUCAAUUUGGGCUUGGCCAACAAAAGUGGUCACCCCAAAGCUAGUGGCAAUAAAAAGUAUCCCCUCUCGUUGCGGUCGUGUCGCGACGGAAACAACCUUGGCGGCGAAAGUAGUUCAAACUUCUACGGGGUGGGAGCGCACGCCGAGAUGGUGAGCGAUCUGAAUCUGGCCACGGCAAGCAAUUAUCAGCAUGAUUCAAAAUCAACGUCCAAACUAUUCGAAGCAUUGAAAGAGAACGUUUAUCAGGAAGUGAAGAAUCUCAUCACUGCCAACGAGUCGCGACCACACUUUCUUAUUCAGUUGUUCCGCGAGCUACAAUUAAUAUCAUCGGAUCCACUUCGACAACGCACCUUACAGUCAAUCCAAGAGCUCUACAAUCGCUACAUCGAGUCUACACUACAGCAGGAACAACAGGAAGGACACGUCAACAACGUGGGCAGCAACAAUUUGCUAUCGUCGAAUGCCGUUGGCGGAGGUCAAGUGUCGUCCGUCGUGGAUGCAGAGAACGUUGAAGUCGUAGAAGUAGCUCAGAACUUCACCAAUGUUCGUCAGCAGCAGCAGUUUCAGUUUGCGCCUUCGGCGGAGAGUACCCCGAUUGCUGGUGGUAAUGGUUCCGGUGCGAAUACGAGCCUAGGUGGCCCCACAAAGGAUUUGGAACCAAACGAUUUGGGAGGAAUGGCCAGUUCGGAGAUUAUCAGCAUCAUCAUGGGGGACAUUGUGGGAGUGAUCAAUUCGGUGGAUUACAUAAACGAUUCGGUACUAUGUAAGAUAGCGGGUGUCAUUUGUAAUCAUGCUACUGGGGCUUCAAAUGGGUUGUUCCAGCAACUUCCGGCGCAGCAAGAACCGGAACAAGGUCUGUUGGACAAUCCGAUGCUUGGACCUUCCAUGGCUGCUUUCUUGACGCAGAACGAGACUGAUGUUAUUAGUAGAGAAGAUUUUUUGAGACACCUGGAGAGUUGGAACCGCACCGACAAGGACGAAUUCAUAUCGAACUUGGAAAACUUGUUGAACAAUAUUUUACUAAGGUCUUCGGCAGCAGAAGGAGACUCUGCAGCAGUUUCCUCGUCUAAUAUGAACGGGGACGAGGAGGGACAGAUGAGAGCUCAGCAAAUGCAGCAACAGCACGAUUCGCUAUCCAGUUUUAGUAACGGAAACAACAACACCACCGGCGACAUCAGUACCGAUAACAACGAGACCUUCCAAUCCUAUGGACACGGCGGUGAACAUCCAUUUACUCCUGUGACAACUAACCCUGGUGCCGUUGGAGGAAAUACCAGUCGAAGAGUGUACGGAAUUUCGGAAAGCGAUAAGAUGCCUAACGGUGUUAGCAGCUCCAACGGUUAUGCCCUUACGACCUAUGAUCUGGCAGAAGCGGAUCAAAUUUGUGACAUGGACAAAGUCCUUCCGGCUGGUGACAUGGCGGGCGGAGCAGUAGGUGGUGUCCCCAACAGCAGAAACGUUGAGCAAAUGACGCUACGAAAUGAUGACAACCGCCGCUGGGUGUUACAAAUGGAACUGGAACGAAUGGCAGGAAUGGCGGAGAAAGCUGCACAAGAGCAAUUUCAGCGAGAACAUUCUCAGCAACAUCAACAACCUCAAGGCAGGGCAAACGAUGGCCGACAGGAAGAGGAGAGUGAAGGCAACUUAGACCCAGAGGAACAGCUUCCCAUAUUCUACUGAGGCCUACAGCGCAAUCUGUGUCAUAACUGUUGCGUGGGUCUCGUUCGUCGAUGUUGGAACGGAUCACAUAGAUUGCCAGCAAAGUUAGUGAUGAAGAUGAUCUCAGGCGAUGCAUGGGAAACGAACGAGGCCGCCGAGAGUGACCAACUGCACCUUUCGCAACCGCUACAGUUCUAUUGCGGUCGUUGGCCAACGGUGGACCGCAGUUCGUUUCUUCUGCAUUUGCUGUGUGUGAUAGUUUCUGUCCUUUUUAAGCGACCACGUCGCUUCCAUUACUGAAAGUAGGAGAGAACGAGAGGGGAAACCGAUUAGAUGUUGUGUUGAUAUCAUCUAUUCCACGCUUUUACGCUCUUUAUUUGUUUUUAAAUAUUUAUUCUCUAGCCAUUAUUGAAUAUAACCCACACUACACAACCCAAUCGGCUCUCUAGGACAAAAUUUGUGGAGGAGCAAUUCAAAGCUUUUGAAGCGCAAUAACUGUUGUUAUUCCUAUAUAGAGGUACUAAUCGCCACAAUCAUACUCAUUAGUAUAAUAACGAACAAAACGGACGAUAAAGUAUAUGACUAUUCCUUUCAACAGCAAA